AGCUACAAUACACUCUGAAACUACUUCUUUCUCUUCUGAUCUCCAUUUCUGUACACAUAGGUCCAUGACGAAGAAGAAGAAACUCACUCUUUCUCUCCUCUUUCUCUCUCUACAAUUCUUUUCUCACUUUCCACAUCCUAUCACUGCCAGAGGCGGCGCUCGCUCCUCCACUAACACUUCAGGUUUUGUUGGUACAAGUUACAGAGGUUUGAAACGAAACUUAUUGAAGGAAGAACGGUUUCUAAAGCUUGAUAAAUUAGCUCAUGGAUACAUGACGAAUACUGAUCUCAAGAAUGCCAUGAAGACACUGAAUAAAAGAUGUAGUAGCAUAACCAGGAUGUACACUAUCGGAAAGAGUGUCUUAGGAGUUCCGCUGUGGGUGAUGGAAAUUACUGACAAGCCAGGUGAAGAAGAGGCUGAACCUGCUUUUAAGUUUGUUGGGAACGUGCAUGGAGACGAACCUGUAGGCAGAGAAAUUCUUUUGCUCCUAGCGAAUUGGCUAUGUGAUAAUUAUAAGAAGGACCCUUUGGCAACCUUAAUUAUCGAUAAUGUUCACCUUCAUAUACUCCCAUCGAUGAAUCCUGAUGGGUAUUCACUAAGGACGCGUGGUAAUGCAAACAAAAUUGAUUUGAAUCGUGAUUUUCCGGACCAGUUCUUUUCUAUAAAUGAUGAAAUGGAUGCACGACAACCUGAAUCAAAAGCAAUUAUGAGUUGGCUGAAAGACCAACAGUUUACUGCAUCUGCCAGUCUCCACGGGGGAGCACUUGUUGCAAAUUAUCCAUGGGAUGGCACUGCCGAUAAAAAGACAAACUACAAUGCAUGUCCUGAUGACAAAACAUUUAGGUAUAUGGCAAGCUUAUACAGUCGAUCGCACUCUAAUAUGUCUCGGAGCACGGAAUUUGAAGGAGGGAUAACAAAUGGAGCCAAGUGGUACCCCAUAUAUGGUGGCAUGCAAGAUUGGAACUACAUACACGCUGGCUGUUUUGAAUUGACACUGGAGAUUAGUGAUGAUAAAUGGCCUCCUGCUAAUGAGCUUUCUACAAUAUGGGAGUAUAACAAAAUGGGUAUGCUCAAUCUUGUUGCAAGCCUUGUGAAGACAGGAGUGCAUGGAAGGGUCCUAUCUUCUGAUUAUGGCAGGCCUUUGUCUGCCUCUCUUUCGAUCAAGGGGAUAAACUCUACGAUAAAAGCUAGUGAAACAUUAGCUGAUUACCACCGGUUGCUUGUUCCUGGAGAGGUAUAUGAAGUCAUGGCAACAAUGCACGGUUACAAAAAGAAAAGCACACAAAUUUUGUUGGGAGAAGAAGCCAUGUCAUUGGAUUUUGUACUCGAUCCAACAAUCUUACGGCAAGGGAGUUCAUUCAAAAGUAGCUGUUAUUAUCCCACUGAUGGUGAUGGCAUGGGUGGUUUCCCACUACUAGAUUUUGUGCCAGGGUCUCAGCUGCAGAUUUUAUAUGUAACUUCAUUUAUUUGUUUGGUUUUUCUUUUCUUGUUGAUUAUGAGAAAAGUUAUGUCCAGACAGCCAAAAUAUAGACAACCAGUAUUGCCUCAGCGGUCUAAUAUAGCAUAAUGUCGUUCUCAUGUGUUAACUUUCAAGAAUUAUCUGUUGUAUCCAGUUCUGUAUUUGUUCUAUAUGCAAAUGAAUCUAGUAUAUGAAAAAUGACCAGUUUCACUCUUUUCUGCAA